AUGGUAAUGGCAGAGAUCGGUGGCCCAUUGGCACACCAACUACCCUUACACAACCAUAGAGGUGGACUGGUGCAACCGUCACUGGUCAUGAACCAUCACCUGGAUCCUCUGGACAGCAGUGGUUGCCAUGGACCAAACAUUCACCCAAAAAAAGAACGCCUGUCUCUGUGCGUUGGAUGCGGUGGCCAGAUACAUGACCAGUACAUCCUGCGUGUCGCCCCGGACCUCGAGUGGCAUGCAGCCUGCCUCAAGUGCCAGGAGUGUCGUCAGUUUCUGGACGAAAGCUGUACCUGUUUCGUGAGAGAUGGCAAAACCUACUGCAAGCGGGAUUAUGUGAGGUUAUUCGGUACCAAAUGUGAUAAGUGCGGUAGCUCCUUUAGCAAAAACGACUUCGUGAUGCGGGCGAAAACGAAAAUCUACCACAUAGAAUGCUUUCGAUGCUCGGCCUGCGCCCGCCAACUAAUACCAGGUGACGAAUUUGCCCUCCGAGAUGGUGGAUCGCUGUACUGCAAGGAAGAUCACGAUCAUCUGGAGAAAACGUCGCAAAACGGUCUCGCUCAGGGCGUCGAACCGAACAACAACAUCAGCGGCAAUGCCAAUAACAACAAUAACAACAUCAGCAGUACCAACAACAACAACAACAAUAGUCUAAGCAAUAACAACCACUCGAGUGAGCUGGGGUCUAUGUCGGAUUCUGGCAGCGAAUCCGGGUCGCAUAAAAGUUUACGCGGAAAAGGACCCACCGGACCGUCGGACGGCAAACCAACGCGGGUGCGAACGGUGUUGAACGAGAAACAACUACACACGCUUCGGACGUGCUACAACGCAAAUCCCCGACCCGACGCACUGAUGAAGGAGCAGCUGGUCGAAAUGACCGGCCUGUCACCGCGGGUCAUACGGGUUUGGUUCCAGAACAAGCGGUGCAAGGAUAAGAAGAAAACGAUUCAAAUGAAGCUGCAAAUGCAGCAGGAGAAGGAAGGACGAAAACUUGGAUAUGGCAUGCAAGGCAUACCGAUGGUGGCCAGCUCACCCGUCAGACACGAUUCACCGCUGAACCUGCACGGUUUAGAAGUGACCGCGUACCAGCCACCGUGGAAGGCGCUAUCCGAUUUUGCGCUCCAUUCCGAUCUCGAUAGUAACGGUGCGAUCAACACACAUACACCCGCGUUCCAGCAUCUAGUCAAUCAGAUGCAUGGGUAUGACGUUGGGAAUGGUGGAGGAGCUGGCGGUGGCCCUGGUGGUGGCCCCGGUGGUAUGCCACCGAUGCCUGGCCAAGGAGGGCAAAUUCCCCCCCUAGGAUCGCACAUGGAUCUCAGCGGGCACCAUCAUCCGGACAGCACGGACUCUUACGUGACCUAUCUCGAGAGCGACGACAGCAUGCAAGGCAGUCCUUAAGGGUUUCGGGCGCUUUUCGGCUAAAUGAUUACAAUGGCAAUAUUUACCACCUGGCAGUUGUUGAAGCACGUUAAACAGAAUCGUACCAGGAAAUGAUAUUUUAAAUCGUACCAGAACGCUUGUUUCCUACUUGUUUGCUUUUCAAACGACAAGAAACGCUCGCUUCCAUUCAGUUGUUUAAAGAAAUAUCGCGAGGUUCUCGAGAUAACCAUUGAGACAGUUAAGAUGCAACUUAACGCGAACGCCGUGCGUUUGUUUCUGUUCAAAGUUUAUUUACAGUUGGCAUUUUAUGAAUUUAAUUUAAUUAAACUUAGUGAACAAAAGCAUAAACAAAACAAUGGGGAACUGAGAAAUGAAUGGGAGUGGUUCAAAAACAAGGAAUAAGAAUGGGCUAAAUUAUUAUUUAAUUGAACAUUAGUUGAAUAUUUGGGCAAGAAUUCUGAGUGCGUGCAAAUGAACGAGAGCGAGAGAUAGAUAGAGAGAGAGAGAAAGAGAAAGAGAGAGAGAUAGAGAGAAAUACAUACACGAGGUAUCAAAAGAUAGUAAACCUGUUGUAAAUACUGUAAUAUAGUACAUUUAUAAAACGUCCACUGAAACGCCACUCUACUUAACGACUCACUCACACGCCAACACUAGCAAAUAACUGUAGCCUCUUGUCUUGCGAAACGAAGAGUGUUGUAUUUAUUUGAAGACAUUUUACAAAGUAAAAUAUUACAAAGAUCGAUUUGAGCAAAAAAAAAUCACGAUACGACUAGUUAAAUGACAGAGUAUGUGCAAAGUUAGAAGUAGAGACGUGAACUAAGAAAAAACCCUCUUGGAAGGAAAACUCACACUCCCACACAAAAUACAUUGAGAUUACAAAUGAGAACAGUAAUUCAGGAACAUAAAUCCCAAAUAUUUCAGCGUUAACAAGCAAUGGGGUGAAAUUGAAACUCAAAAACACGAAAUCAACACGCUAAUCUGGGUUUUUUUCUUUGCUUCUGUGCGUAAUUGAGGCCAUUACGUUGGUGCAUAUAGCAGGACGAUCGAGUGAUUAAGUUCAGGUAAAAGUAAAGAUAUAACGAUAGGUUUACAUAAUCUGAUCAUAUGAGAAAUAUCGGUAUUUAAAGAAAACAUUAAAAAGAUAAACAUAAAAAACAACAAAGAAAAAUAAAUCUAAAAUAAGCAA